AUGGCCCACGCAGAGGCGAACGAUGGCACAAUAUUUCGACUGAGCAAGGAACCGGCACCGUCGGCGACCACUUCCACAACGCGCUCGCCGCCGGCGCGAGACGAGGUCGUGACCGCCGCAUCCUCCGUGUCUUCUCUGUCGCCGGGCAGGCCCUCAUCGCACAGCCGAAACGUCCCUUUCACGCUUUUAUUUAGCCUCCUCGACGGCUCCUUCUACAGCAUGUGGGCAAUGCAGCUCCUUCCAGUCUUCCUGCUUAACACGACAUCGAGCAUCACUGCCGUGAGCUUUCUCGCCUCCGUCUGUGGGGUCGCGCAGCUUCUCGGUGCGCUUGUCGUCGGAUGCAUUGCCGACCGCCAGCCGCGACAGCGCUGCAUCCGGACAGGGGCCGUCUGUGCUGUGGUGUCCCUCGCCCUCUUCGUUUGUGCCUUCUGGACUGCCAGUAUGUGGCUCAUCCUCUGCGCGCAGGCGCUGUGGGGCCUCUACACGGGUAUCAUCUCAACCAACGUGGAGGCGCUCUUCGCCGACAGCGUCCCGCAAGGGCAGCGCACGUUCAUCUAUAAUGUCAAGUGGGUGAUACAGACGGUCAGCUACAUUGUGGGCUACGGCGUUGCCGCGCUGCUCUUCUUUGUGUGGGGAAACUCGUGGAGUCCACAGCGCGUUCGCGUGGUAAUGACGCUCGGCGUGGCGGUACACCCGCUUGCCCUCGUACCGCUGUGCUGGCUGCAGGAUCGCUACUCCGUGAGGGAGGAAAACGAGGGCAUUUUGCGUAGCAACUCGCCACGCAACUCCGUGGCGGCAGGCACGGCAAAACAGGCCCCAACGGGGGUGGUCACUACGGUAUCUGACGCUAAUCUCGAGUCGUGUGUGUACUCAGCUCUGCAGUCAGCGACACAGCAGCCAGCAGAUGCCGCCACCGUCCUAGCGGCUGGAUCGACUCACAUCGCCGUCUCGGACGUCUUCAGGGAUGGAACUCACUUCCGGUUCACCGUGGCGCUUCCAUUGUGCGCCGCCACCGAAACCCUAAGGGAAAGUUGUGAUGACGAUGCCGGAGGCGUGCAAGAGUGCACAGCAAUGGUUGCACACACCGCGGUCAGGGAAGGUCUUCUCAGCGCACCUGCGAAGGGUAGCCGCUCCUCUCAGCAGCCGCAACAGCAUAGCUCAAGCAUUACCUUACGCGAAGACGGCGAGGGUAUGCUGCGGGUGUGUGACAUGUUCAGCAGCCUCAGACACAGCUGCUGGCGUGGCUUGACGUCGCUGCGCUCUGUGCCGUACUGGAUGUCCUUGGUCGAUCUCCUCCUCGCCAUCGGCUCCGGCAUGUCGCUGCCGUACUUCCCUCUCUUCUUCGCUUCUGAGUGCAACGUAAGCCCUGUCGGUCUCAACGCCAUAUAUAUCGCCUCCACCAUGCUGACCGCCGCCACCUCCUCAUGCCUGCCGUGGCUUAUCAAUAACUGUGGACUUGGCCGCGUUCCAACAGCUCUGGGUGUGCGGCUAGUGGGCACAGUCGCGCUCUUCGUGCUCGCCACCGCUCGACGCCAGUCCACCGCCACGACCCUGCCAGGCAUCAUCGCGCUCUUUCUCUGCCGCAACGCGCUCAUGAACUCCGUCCUUGGCAUUACCCGCAGUGUCAUCAUGGACUGCGUGACCAAGGACAGCCGCGCGAAGUGGUCAGCACUCGAGAGCGUCUCGCUCGUUUCCUGGACUGGCAGCGCCAUGCUUGGCGGUUAUAUUACGAAGCAACACGGCUACCGACGCAACUUCGUCGUGACAGCAGUGCUCCAGUUUUCGGCAACGCUUCUCAUGAUUCCGGCGGCCCUUGGCGCACGCGCCCUCGACGCCCCACUAAAUAAUCAGUCGCAGCUCAUAGAGGAUGUCAUGUUAACCGUCUCGCCGACAGCGCCCUCGUACACAGUCAAAGAGGCGCGCGGCAGACGGCAGUGA